AUGACUCUUGACUUGUCCCGAGAGGUACUCUACUUUUCCCAACCCUACAAUAUCCGUUGCUUCCAGAACAACCAGAACUACACUUCGCUGUCCGUCCUGGGCGCGUACGUCUAUCCCGACCACGUUUCCAUCUCGAUUUUCGCCCAGUACAUGGUCAAACAACGUCUCUACUGCCGCUAUUUUGAUUGUAAGCGGCGAGAAAUCGCGGGCAGUGCGUGGCACGGAAUCGUCUUUCCCGAGUCUGUGAUCCAUUGUCCGAGACGUGCGGGAGCAGAGUUCGUGUCGGUCUCCAGGCGGUUGGCAGACGAGAGCCCCGCGCCUGUCAGGCUCACUUUUCGGGUGUUCGAAAGUGAGUUGAGCAGAUAGACCCAUAUGAUUGUGCGUUUUUGAAUUCAGAGCCCGUGCACGAGUUGUCUGCGUGUGUGGCGCCAUUGUACGGAAAUGAGCCCAAGUGGCUUCAGAUUGCCGAGUUCAUCGAGCAUCAUAAAUUAGAAGUGAGGUUUUGUAGAGCUAGUAGACGUCUCAUGUUUCCAUUAUUGCACUUGACCACUUUUUUGUACCGUCAUUCUUAAGACUACUGUAGCCCUUGGAAGUUAGGCGGUUACCUGACUAGACUUGCAAGAGCUACAGUACUCUGAAGAGUGGUAACCGAUUAAACUGAAACGUUUUGCAGGGAGUUUCCUACUUUUACUUCCAUAUCGGAAAUGUUACCGACUACGACAGACGGAUUCUGGACCACUAUGAAAGGUAUCAGAAUCCUUUGCCCAUCUCACUUUUUCCAGAAAUUCGUGUUUCAGCCAAGGAGAAAUCGAGGUGAAAGUGAUUGAGGACAAGUAUGAGCGUCCGUUUUACGCGUGGCAACUGCUUGAGAUUCAGGUAGCACCAGUCAGCUCUGAAUAUUAUCGAUUCAACAUUUGAAGGAUUGUCACCUUCGCAGCAAGUUCCAUUCGAAAUGGACCGCAUUCAUAGACAUUGACGAGCGCAUUUCGACGAGCGGACGGCCGUUUCUAGACCUUUUGAGGGUUGUCGAUAAUGGAAAUUACGCGGAAAUCCAAUUGCCACUGGUGAAUGUGAUCAAAAGUGGCGAUUCGCCGAGGGAGUACGCGGGGGCGAAGCGGGUUGGGACGGAACUUUUGGCGGCAAAGUACGUCCGAGCACAGGAGCCCACGUGGAUUGCCUCCAAAGCGUUGAUCAGGCCGGAUAAGGUGAGCUUCUGAGGAUCUUGGAACUUUAUUGAAAAGAUAAUUCAGAUCGGAAUAAUGUCAAUUCAUUAUGCGAUCGCCAGAGAUCCCGGCUAUGAGACGCUCAAAAUAAGCUCAUCCCAGGCGGUUCUCAGGUAUCUUAGCAUUAUUUCAAAUGCAAUUCCGAUUGAUUUCUAGACACAUGAAAGCAACGCAACACCGUAUAAAUCAAACCGACUGGCACAUGAAUCCACUGGUCGACGGGACCAUCUUAAAGUUCUCGGACCGCCCGAUGGACGCCGAAUUCGUCGCAAAAUUGACAAAGAACGUGGUGAAACGAGUGCAGCGUGUGUACGAAAAAGUGCCGGCAAACUGUACAACGAUUCCGAGAAUCAUGUGGGAGUCACGCUGGUUUCCGGACCCUUGUGAGAAAAUGCUACUCACUUGGUGA